GUUGCAGAAUGGAUUCAUAGACAAAGGUUAUAUCAACUGCUUAAGUAGUAUAAGAAUAAAUUUAUUGCAAAACAAGAAAAUACAGCUUUCUUAAAAACAGUGGAUUAAUUAGGAAGCGGAAAGGAGGAAUAUGAAGGGAAAAAGAAACAGAGUGACAGGUCUAGUUGCUGGUUUUGGACUCUCUAUAGUGGUGGGAAAGAAAAUUAAUCUGAGUCUGAUACCAUUUGUAAACUAAUACUUUUAUAUGUUAUCUAGCAAGAGUAUUGUGAGGGUUUAAGUUACACUGUGGGAGAUGCUGAGAUAGGGAGGCUGUAUGAGAGACAAGCACCCAUCUGUGUGGCUCUGUUCUCUGUAAACGUGAAACAAAGUACCCUGGAUUAGUGUUUUGAGUGCACCAAUAUGACAUAAAUCUAAAUGCCAGUAUCCCAGUGCUCGCCUUACCUAGGAAAAAACCCAGUUUGCGAUAGGAAGUGAUACUACUGCAACCUGCAAUACAAAAAUACACUGCUGCAACUUGCACAAGGGUGUUUUCAUCCUGCAAGGCAGCCUCUUGUUGGUGGGUGCUGUCCUCUGCAUCUAGGUACAGCUUCGAUUGCUUUGCCAAAACCUCUUCUGUCAUUGGACUGUAUUAAGUUCCUUUCACAGUUUGCUACAGUAGCUGGAUGCUGUUCCAGUUCAGUUUCUCUCCACACUUGGCUACAUGUGGUGGUUUCAAUUCUGCAUGUAGGCAGAGGCCAGGCCCUGUUUGCUUGGACAGUUGCAGAAGUUGGUGGCGGACACUGAAUCUCUAACCUCCGAAGAGACUGACCACGUGUGUAUUUUCGGAUGCGCCCUCACCUGUGAGCAGGGAAACCUGGGAAGAUAAGAAGAGGAAGCUGAAGCUCAGUUCCUGAGAUACUGUGAUGAAGUUUCGGCCUGGUUCCAGGAUGUGAAUGCAGUAGAUGGUGCUGAAGCAACGCUGAGGCUCCUCCUGUGAAAUAUCCACAGUCCAGUUGUAUAGAGAAAGUGCUUGCUGGCUCUCCCAAGUGUUGACGGUCCUGUAUCUUCAAGAGAUGCAUUCCAGGACAAGAGAACACUGACUCGUUUGGUUUUGUGAAUAACCAAGAUUCCUGUCUACUACUUCUGAAAAUUCUGCUGGUAGCAUGAUGGAAUUGUUGGGAUACAGUAGUGUCACUUUCUGGAGCUGUCUUGAGUAUAAACUUACCUAAGUUGUAAAAAUGGGAAGAAUUUUUUUGGAUCAUAUUGGUGGCACUCGCCUGUUCUCCUGUGCAAACUGCGACACAAUCCUGACCAACCGCUCUGAGCUCAUCUCCACUCGCUUCACAGGGGCCACAGGAAGGGCCUUUCUUUUUAACAAGGUGGUGAAUCUGCAGUACAGUGAAGUUCAGGACCGGGUCAUGCUCACUGGCCGCCACAUGGUCCGGGACGUGAGCUGCAAGAACUGCAACAGCAAACUGGGCUGGAUCUAUGAGUUUGCCACCGAAGACAGCCAGCGCUACAAGGAGGGCCGCGUGAUCCUGGAGAGAGCCCUGGUCCGGGAGAGCGAGGGCUUCGAGGAGCAUGUUCCAUCCGACAACUCCUGAAGAGGCUCCGCUCUCUGCGCAGGUUCUCUUCAGUUGAAACUCAAAUGUAAUAAAAUCAACAAAAAAAUCUGCUUACAUACACUGUCACCUUAGCAUCAGAGUCGGAUUCAUGGACUACAAAGUGGGAAAGAUUGUGAGAAUAUUUCAGAUGGAACCUUCCUUUCUUUAUUCCUUUUAUAUUUUACUUUCCCUCCAGCAGCUGUUUGUAGAAAGAAUGCUGUGCAGAUGCUGUAACUUUUUCUCUCUUUCAUUUACAUCUGUUAGACUUGAGAUUGUAUCUUCAGGUACAGUGGGCUAAAAGGAAAAUAUUUGCAGGAUUUGUCUUUUGUUGGAGAGAAAUUCAGUGAGAUUUUUUUUUUUUUUUUAGUUUGCACAAACUGAUGUCAGCAUCAAGUUAUUUUAGAACUACAGAUUUUUUUAAAAAGUAUAUUCCAACUUUUGGCUGAAGUUUUUAGUUAGGUUUUUGGUUUUUUGGGCUUUUUUUAACCCAGCCUUUUCACCUGGUUUGCUAGCUAAAGUGAAGAGAUCCGAAUUUGUGCUGAGUGCUAAAGGUUCAGUGUUGGUACAGCUUGGGCUGGCCCAUGUGCCAUAUUCUUGUUGAGGUUGAUUGGUAGCACAGAGCCCAUUAUUUCUUGUCAUUCUUGACCCAAAGAUGUCACCAUUCCUUGUUUAUUCAUGAAGUCCCACUCACCGUGUAAACUGGUGUUGAUUGGAAACUAUCCUUGAAAUAGGGCAAAACUGCUUGGCUUUUUUAAACUUUAACAGAUGUAACUUAUGAGCAUAGUAAUAAUAUAAAGUAAUAGCUGUCUGUUUAGUCUUGCAUUGCUUACAAAUCCAGCUGUGUUUGUAAUGAUAGGGAUCCACUGAGAAGCUACAGUUUCUGUAGUAAUUUUUUUUUUCGUUUCUCUACUAAUCUCAUUAAGUUAGACAGGGAAUUGCAAAUCUUAAUUCUUCUUCAAGUAGCUUUCUUGAAACCCAGAACUUCCUAUGUUAAACACAGCUGCUGUGUAAAAGGACAAGAUUGCCAGCAUGUUUGUUCAUGCAUAGAGUUAUGCAAUCUGCAUCUCUUGAAAAAAUUAACUUAAACAGCUUGUUUUCAAAUGCUGCUUCUGGUGUUGAAACCUUUGUCUUUCAACUUUGUUGAACCUUUUCAUUGUGAUGUUACGUUUUUAUCUUUCUGGGCAGCAAUACAUGUCAGCCUAGUAGUAACUAGUGACUUGGAUUCCUGCUUUGUUCUUGUAGAGGUCAGCUCUGUUUAAAACAGUGAUCUUGCUUGCCUUUUUUAGCUAAAAUGCUCUUCAUUUAACUUAACUCAAGGGUGCCCAAACACUUUCAUUGUGUCUUAAGCCAUAAGUUAGGAUCUCAAGGGCUGAAAUUUAUUUAAAUGUUAGAUAUGUAUGAUUUCUUACCUAAGAUAUGAGUUGGUUGUGGUUUUUUUUUUCUUAUUGGAUAAAUUGUGGUCCAUGUGAAAUAAGUUACCCACAGAUGUAGGAUGGGGGGGAACCCCACCCAGCCAAACAGAUCUGGCUUCUGACCUUUAAGAAUAACUUUUCUUCUCUAGCCACAGCUCCAUAUCUGAAACUAAGAUAUGGAGGGUGACUAUGCAGAGUAUUUUUCUUAAUUUUUUUGGGUUGCCAAGUGGCAAGUUGGACACCCCUGACUUGAAUCUACUGCCUCUUUCAUGUAAAGGUAGCUUUGUUCCAGAAAUGUCACAUAGAAAGAAAACAGAGGUCACAUACCAGAGCUGUGCUUGAAUCAAGCUGCUUAAACAAUAGUGUACUUGUGCCUCAAAUGAAUCAGUUUUUGCACUGAGUACAGUAGUACCCCAUUAUCUUGUACUUCUGUCCUUCACAGACCCCAGCCUGGAAGCGCCAUUAGCAUGGUUCUCUGCAGUACUUUUCUUGUACUUCUGACAUUACAGUACAAUAAAGUAUGUUUUGUCCUGAACUGA